AUGGCAGACGGAAUUCACUCUACUGGCCGUGGAGGCGCUGGCAACAUCGGCCGUGAUGAUACACUCUACACUGACGGCAGCAUCGUGCGCGAAGGCUUCGUCGGCGAGUCCUCAAAGCCCGAGUACUCCUCCGGGCGUGGAGGUGCCGGUAACAUUGUCGAUUCACCCAGAGUCGGACCUGUUGACGGCAAGAGCUCUGGUUCCGAGGACGUGAUCCCCGAGCCUGCUAUGCGCAACUCUGCAGGCUACGACAACUUCCACACUGGUCGCGGAGGUGAAGGAAACGUCUACAAGGAGAAGUAUGGAGGUCACAGCGGCCCAACCCAGGAAAAGGACAAGGAGCAGCACCACGAAAAGGAAAGCUUGGGCGACAAGGUCAAGCACCUCUUCGGCAAGAAGGACUAA